AUGGCUCCCCAGCAACAACAGGCUCCCACCAGCCAGGACUGGGACGUCCAGUUCAACCAGGUCCGCCGCGAGAAGCUCUUCCGAGACCCCCCGACCGACCGCACCGCCUAUCCCGCCCUCCAGGCCGCCGUCGACCCCCACAUCGAGUCCUUCAACGCCCUCUUCCGCGACGAUGGCAAACCCUCCCUUCUCGACCACGCCCUGGCCGAGAUUGGCACCAAGACAUUCCUAGACGGCGACGAGCGCGCUGACCCCGCCGGCAAGAACAAGCUCACCAUCCGCUACAAGAGCAUCGAGCUGCAAAAGUCUCAGGUCCCGCCCACCAACCGCUGGGCCAAGAAUCGCGAAAUCUUCCCGGCCGAGUGCAGAGAACGACAUGUCUCAUACAGGGGCAAGCUGUCCGCCACUUUCGAGUAUCGCAUCAACGAUGGCGAGCCUCACGAGUUUGUGCGCGAGCUCGGCCAGAUGCCCAUCAUGGUCAAGUCCAACAAGUGCCACCUCCAAAACAACUCCCCUGCCCAGCUCGUGGCAAGAGGUGAAGAGUCCGAAGAGUUGGGCGGCUACUUCGUCGUCAACGGUAUCGAAAAGCUCAUCCGCAUGCUCCUCAUGAACCGCAGAAACUUUCCGCUCGCCAUCGUCCGUCCCAGUUUCCAGAACAGAGGCGCCACCUACACCCCGUACGGUAUCAUAAUGCGAUCCGUUCGCCCCGACGAGACCUCCCAGACCAACGUCCUCCACUACCUUUCCGACGGCAAUGUCACCUUCCGCUUUUCGUGGAGAAAGAACGAGUACCUCAUUCCCGUCAUGAUGAUCAUGAAGGCUCUCGUUGAGACAAAUGAUCGGGAAAUCUUCGAGGGUCUCGUCGGCCCACCCCAGUCCAAGGGCGUCGCCAACACCUUCUUGACCGAUCGCGUCGAACUCCUCCUCCGCACCUACAAGAAAUACGGCCUUUACAGCAAGACCCAGACUCGCGCGUACCUCGGCCAAAAGUUCCGCGUCGUUCUCGGCGUCGCCGACACCAUGUCCGACUACGAGGUCGGCACAGAGUUCCUCCGCAAGAUUGUCCUCGUCCAUCUCGGCUGCCAGGACGUCACCGAGCAACAGGAUGCUGACAAGUUCAACAUGCUGCUCUUCAUGUGCCGCAAGCUGUACGCUCUCGUCGCCGGUGACUGCGCUGUCGACAACCCCGAUGCCGUCCAGAACCAGGAGAUUCUUCUCGGUGGCUUCCUCUACGGCCAGAUCAUUAAGGAGAGGCUCGAGGAGCUGUUGACCGUUUCCUUCCGCGCCUCCCUUCGCGACUACCUCAGGAGAAACCCUACGGUAUCAUUCCAGUCCGAAACUUUCACCAAGGACUUCCCUAUCGCCAUUUUCCGCAGGGCCAACGAAAACAUUGGUCAAUCGCUCGAGUACUUCUUGUCUACCGGCAACCUGGUCUCUCCCUCCGGUCUCGAUUUGCAGCAGGUUUCUGGCUUCACCGUCGUUGCCGAGAAGCUCAACUUCUUGCGUUUCAUCAGUCACUUCCGCAUGGUGCAUCGUGGUUCCUUCUUCGCCCAGCUCAAGACGACAACGGUCCGCAAGCUUUUGCCCGAAUCGUGGGGUUUCCUCUGCCCUGUCCACACUCCCGAUGGUUCUCCCUGCGGUCUUCUCAACCAUUUGGCCCACAAGUGCAAGAUCAUGACGGACCAUGUAGACGCCUCUACCAUCCCUCGUCUGGCUUUCGAGCUCGGCGUUGUCAACAUCUCCUCGGCUGCCACCAGCGAAAGUGUGGUCGUCAUGCUCGACGGCAGGAUCGUCGGCUGGUGUACCCCUGACGAGUGCAAGUCUAUUGCCGAGACUCUCCGUUACUGGAAAGUCAACGGCGAGAACGGCGUGCCUCUUCAGCUCGAGAUUGGCUACGUUCCUCCUUCCAACGGCGGUUCUUACCCCGGUCUCUACAUGUCGUCCCAGCCCGCUCGUAUGGUCCGCCCCGUCAAGUACCUCCCUCUAGCGAAGGAGGACUUUGUCGGUCCUCAGGAGCAGCCUUACAUGUCGAUUGCCUGCACGGAGCAGGAGGUCAUCCCCGGAGAUUCGACGCACGUGGAGUUCGAUCCUACUAACAUCCUCUCCAUCCUCGCCAACAUGACCCCCUUCUCCGACUUCAACCAGUCUCCCCGUAACAUGUACCAGUGUCAGAUGGGUAAGCAAACUAUGGGUACACCAGGAACAGCUCUCAGCCGCCGUACGGACAACAAGAUGUACCGUCUCCAGACGGGCCAGACACCUAUUGUCCGCGCGCCUCUGCACAACACCUACGGGUUCGACAACUUCCCCAACGGCACCAACGCCGUCGUCGCUGUCAUUUCGUACACCGGUUACGACAUGGACGACGCCAUGAUUAUCAACAAGUCGGCACACGAGAGAGGAUUCGGUCACGGUAGCAUCUACAAGACCAAGAAGGUCAGUCUCAAGGAUGACAGCAGGACACGCUCGGCCAAGAGCAUCGUCAAGAUGUUCGGCUUUGCCCCCAACAGCACCAUCCGCGAGUCCACCCGCGACACCCUCGACAACGACGGUCUCCCUCGCGUCGGCCGUCUGCUCCGUGAGGGCGACGUCCUCUGCGCGUGGCACACCGUCUCUGCCGACUACAACGGCCAGCUCGUCAACCGCGACGGCAUCACCCACUACGAGCGGUACAAGGACUCGGAAGACGCCUUCGUGGAGGAAGUCCGCGUCAUCGGCGCCGACAACGGCACCGAGCCCCUUCAGACCGUCUCCAUCAAGCUGCGCAUUCCCCGUUCCCCCGUCAUCGGUGACAAGUUCUCGUCUCGUCACGGUCAAAAGGGUGUGUGCUCGCAAAAGUGGCCCGCCACCGACAUGCCCUUCUCGGAAACCGGCAUCCAGCCCGACGUCAUCAUCAACCCCCACGCUUUCCCGUCGCGCAUGACCAUCGGCAUGUUCGUCGAGUCGCUAGCCGGCAAGGCCGGCGCCCUGCACGGUCUCGCGCAGGACUCUACCCCCUUCAAGUUUGACGAGCAAAACAGGGCCGGCGAUUACUUUGGCCACCAGCUUAUGAAGGCCGGCUACAACUACCACGGCAACGAGCCCCUCUACUCGGGCAUUACUGGCGAGGAGUUCCAAGCGGACAUCUACAUCGGUGUCGUCUACUACCAGCGUCUGCGUCACAUGGUUAACGACAAGUACCAAGUGCGUACCACGGGUCCCGUCGUGCCGACGACUGGCCAGCCCAUCAAGGGUCGUAAGAAGGGUGGUGGUAUCCGUGUUGGUGAAAUGGAGCGCGACGCUCUUCUUGCCCACGGUACUUCCUUCCUCCUUCAGGACCGUCUGCUCAACUGCUCCGAUUACUCCAAGAGCUGGAUGUGUCGCCAGUGCGGCUCCUUCCUGUCCACGCAACCCACCGUGUCGCCGUUCAUCGGCAAGCGCAAGGCCGUCAGCACUGUUAGAUGCAGAAACUGCGCGACCAGGCUGGAUGAUAUGGAGGAUGUGGAUCUCAUGCAGUUGGACGGAGAGAUUUGGGAAGAUGGCAGCGGCACGCAGUGGGUCGGUGGUGAGAACACUACCGUCGUGGCGGUGCCCGGUGCGCUCAAAUACUUGGAUGUCGAGCUGGCGGCUAUGGGCAUCAAGUUGAAGUAUAAGGUGGAUAAGAAGGAUGAGAUCAGGAGGGGACAACUGGUGGGGAAGAAGGCGGGCGAGUUGAUGUUGACUGCUACUGCUUCUGCUUAA